GAUUUCUAGUCUUGUACUGAGUUUUUGCUGGUUCGGCCUUGCGGAGCCAAAUGGAUUUGAUUAGUGGUUGGGGGUUGAGGUUAAGCUCUGGUGUGAUUCCCCCAGCACCGCUUAACAUUACUCACACUAGCACUAGGACUAGCUUCUAUAUCCCUCUUCCCUCAACCAGAAAAUUCGCUUUUCAUUUUUGCACAUCUCCGUAUUACGCUGCUCCAACUAGAAAACCUCUAAUCCCAAUUCCACGUGGCAAACGGAGAAACUCUGAUUCAGAGCCAGUUCUAGAUCCCACCCUUGUCCAAGAAGUAUCGUUCGAUGAUGAAGAAGAAGAAGAUCUCAUUGACGAAUUUGAAUUGGAAUACGAGGUGGAUGAUGAUGAAGACGGUGUUGGUGGCGGUGACGAAACUUUCGACGAAGAGGAGGAAUAUGAAGACGAGGAUGGUGUGCCCUAUGCAGGUGAUGGCGGAGCAGGUGGUGGAAUCUCCCUCGCCGGAACAUGGUGGGAUAAAAAAGCAUUAGCCAUUGCUAAAGAGGUUACUGUGUCUUUCGAUGGUGACUUGCAAAUUUAUGCUUUUAAAACGUUGGUCAAUUCCACCAUUCAAGUGCGAAUUGAGAAGCUUUCCAAUAAGUCUGGUUCUCCCAGCAUGGAAGAUAUUGAAGCCUUUUCUACAACCUAUAGAGCAAAAUUGGAUGAAGCGGAAAUUGCCAAAUUUGUUCCUGACAACCUAAGUUUAGAGGUGUCUUCUCCGGGUGUUGAAAGAAUAGUGCGGAUUCCAGAUGACCUGGAUCGAUUCAAGGAACGACCUAUGUAUGUGAAAUAUACGAUUAAUGAUGAUUCAAAUAAUCCAUCUGCUGAAGGUGAUGGUGUCUUCAAGCUUGAAUCCUUUGACAUGGAAACAAAAUGUUGCACCUGGGGUUUAGCAGACGUGAAAGUCAACAGACAGAAAGCAGGGAAAGGAAGACCACUGAGUAAAAAGCAAAGAGAAUGGCGUUUAAGCACUCCUUUUGAUUCCUUACGUUUUGUACGGUUGCACUCUGAUAUUUAAACAAUUCAUUUUCCCCGAAAGUUGAUGAUUGGAUCUCCAUCUUUCCCCCGUAUACGUGUCUGUGUAUGUAUAUACACGCACACAAGGAACUGCAUGUGUAAAUAUAAUUAGUAGGAGAACAAUUAAGUAGUUAACAGUAACAUUUGUUAUUACGAGUUUACCUCAAUUUUUUGCACUUUUGAAAUUAACUAUGAUAUUGGGGGUGGCAAUCCUUCUUUC